UAGAGGAAUUGAAAGCUCACAACCUCAUCAACACUAGCACUUGCAUGUAUCAUCCAAAGUUCACAACUAAAAAGAAUCUGUGAUCGAUGGAGAGCACUGUUAUUUCUUCCAACCAAAUCUCUCUCAGACCCCUUCAACUUUCUGACCUUGAUGAUGUCAUGGUGUGGACCACUGAUGAAAAAGUGGCCAAGUUUUGCACUUGGGAAACUUACACAAGCAAAGAAGAUGGCAUUAACUUCAUUGAAAACAUAGCAAGCAAGUUUCUAUGGUGCAAAGCAAUAUGUCUUGACGAUCGUGCAAUUGGGUGUGUUUCUCUGUCUUCAUAUGCAGAGCAUGAUAAGUGCAGGAACAAAUCUGCAGAACUUGGCUAUGUUAUGGGAUCCAAGUACUGGGGUAAAGGGAUUGUCACUAAUGUUGUGAAACGAGUGGUUAAGGCUGCAUUCACCGAGUUGCCACAGUUAGAGAGGCUUGAAGCUCUGGUUGAUGUGGAAAACGUUGGCUCCCAGAAAGUGCUGGAGAAGGCUGGUUUCUAUAGAGAGGGAGUUCUGAGGAAGUAUCUGUUCAUCAAGGGAAAAAGCAGAGAUAUGGUUAUGUUCAGUGUACUUUCAAAUGAUCCCCAAGUUUGACUUAUUUGUAUUGAGGUCAACUUUUUUAUAAGCAAACAAAUUUUAUUGAUGAAUGAUCAAUUAAAAAUGAGUACAA